CUCAUCUUAAUCGAAGUAACCCUACCCAUAAAAAUCCAACAGCACCUCUAGAAACAAACAAUCUAAUUUGCUGCCCUUCAUCCUUUUCCAUCACCAUCUCUGCCUCGAGCAUUAAACCAUUUCUUCAUCAGCUUACGCAACUACCACUACCACCACUAUCUCCUUCUCUUUUAACCGCCUGUUCUGCCCCUCCCUCCCUCUCGAAUACACAAAUCUACCCUUGUAGUCUUUUUCAUCCCCGUUUCUUUGAUUCAAUAGGUGAAGCCAAGAUCACACUCUCUCAUCUACCCAAAACAACCACCGACCACUACUCAAUGUUUCCGCUUACCUUCUUCUCUCAAACUAAUCCUUGACCCACCACUUCUCACCACCAUCGAUGGUCGCCAUAACUAGCGCACCACCUGCUGUGGAUGCUCGCCACCACCAAAGCACCACCCACCUCUCUUUCAUUCUCUAUGGAAUUGGUCGAUGCCUCCUAUCCAAAGCUAACGUUACUCUCCGUACACCACCACCGUGUGUAAGGUCUUGCAGUUUUACUUUGAAUAUCGAGGGCCUAGCAUUUCUAACAUGUCUAUGUCUACCGAGCCAAUGAUAAGACUACAUCUUCAUUCACGAAUCGGUACGGAGAUGUUUGUUUACUACUUUUCUAAACAAAUGAUGACACAAGUAUGUUUUUUAUUUAAUGCUUUACAUUUUUUUUAAAUAAUACUGACAAUUUGCCAAAUGGAUCUUUGUGUUUUGUAGUGGAAUUGCUUACUUAUAUUUGAAUCUUUAUAGUGAGAUUUUAAAUCAUAUACGAUGCUCAGUUUUUUAAAGUAUGUUGGCCAAUCAGUGUGAUGUAUUGGUAUGUUUUUGCAUUUAGUAAUGUUUGGAAAAAUGAUGUUUUAAAAAUAUACGAUACACUUGGGAAGAUGCAAGGAAAUUGUUUGGACGAUUUUGCCCUUUAUGUUGAUGUUAUUGUCUUUUGAUGGGUUUGCUGAAAUAUGGACAAUUUUGCCCUUGCCUUCGUAUACGAUGUUCAAAUAUUUAUUGGGUUG